AUGGAACGUGGAAGUCCUUCAUCUAACAACAACCGUUCGGCACACUCAAGCUCUGUCCUUUUGCAAGCAGGGAGUCCAUCUCAAAACAAUGAAUCUCCAAGGACCGAAAACAUUGAUGUUGAAAUUGAGAAACAAGAUUUACCUCCAACAAAAAAUGAGGAAUUGUGUCUUCCCAUCCGAAAUUUGACAAGAAUCAUGCGGCGUGCUCUUCCAUUGUACGCAAAAAUAUCUCAAGAUGCCAAGGCAACAACACAAUUGUGUGUGUCUGAUUUCAUGGGCAUCAUCACCACUGAGGCUGUUGAGAAAUGCAAUGAAGAGAGUCGAAAGAUCAUUAGCGGUGAAGAUAUAAUACGGGCCAUGGGUAGGUUAGGGUUUGAGGACUAUGUUGGUCCUCUAUCUCUUCUCCUCCAAAACUAUCGCAACCAUGAGGCUCAAUUCAGUGGCAUGUCAACUGCUUGUGGAUUCAACAUGGAUGGGUCGGGUACUGGUGGCUCGAGCAGUGGUAAUGGCCAAUAUUGA